AGUGCCAGUGAUUGUGUUGAAAUCCAUCGAGGAGUUUGAUUGCACAAGCCGAUCUAUAUAACGUCCCAGUGCACCACCUCAUCUCGGAGCACCCAACCAGAACCAGCGCCGUUUUCUCCAUCUUCUUUCCGCUCAUCUAUAGGCGGAGCCCGUUCAUACCUGAGAAGGUAGCCAUGGCGUGCAAGGCAAAAACUUGUGGCUCCGCGACAAGGAUGAGCGAGGAGGAGGUGGGGCUAAGAAAAGGGCCAUGGAGUGUGGAAGAAGACCUUCUGAUGGUGAAUUAUAUUGCCGAUCAUGGAGAAGGCCAAUGGAAUUCACUGGCCCGUAGUGCAGGGCUGAAGAGAACAGGGAAGAGCUGCCGGCUACGGUGGCUGAACUAUCUUCGUCCCGACGUCCGCCGCGGCAACAUCUCUCGGGAAGAGCAACUCCUCAUCCUGGAGCUUCACUCUCGUUGGGGAAACCGCUGGUCAAAGAUAGCACAGUGUUUGCCGGGAAGGACGGACAACGAGAUCAAGAACUACUGGAGGACGAGAGUGAAGAAGCACGCAAAACAGCUCCGGUGCGACGUCGACAGCCAGCAGUUCAAGGACGUGAUACGGCACCUGUGGGUGCCUUGGCUGGCCGAGAGAAUCCGGCCGGCGAGUUAUUCCUCCGCACCGGCAAAUGUCACAUCUCCGACGGAGGGAAAUUUGGAACGGCCGGUUCGAGCAAUGACUUGGGCUCCGCAGGGCUCGUCGGCUUCCUUCGCGAACUGCACGAGCGACGGUGGUUGUGGUCGGAUUGAGGAGAUGGGUGAUGGGUGGGCAGAAUCACUUGGACGCGGUGGAGCUUCUGAGGAACUGACGACGAUGAUGAUGAUGAUGGCGGAUCAUAUGGAAGAAGAGAGCUUGUGGAGCGUGGAAGACAUUUGGUCGUCGCAAGAGAGCUAGCUUUGUUAAAUUGAGGAAGGAAAGCAAUUGUAAAUUAAUUAAAGAGUUGUGUUCAGAAGCUUUCACUCGUUCCAAUCCCACCAUUUUGCCUAAUUCAUUCGCUCGUUUAAACAAUCCAAUGUAUUGAUUAAGAGUUAGGAGAUAUUGUUAUUCCAUAACAAUCUCCCUAGAUAACAGAUGGGGCUUGGACUUC